AUGCCUACGCUCGACGUGGCGUCGCUGUUGGGCCGCAGCUUCGGUGAGGGUCUCCGCGCUACUUCCUUACUGGUCGUUGGCGGCAUGGUUGUGGUGGGCACCGAUGCCGGGUGCGUGCUGGGCUUUGCGCAGCCAGGCGUUGACGUCGACAGUACCGCUACUUGUGCUUCUGGUCCGGCGGGCGCUGCAGGUAUUUGCGUGUACGCGCAGACCGUUCACUACGGCCCGGUGCAUUGUUUAUGCGCCUCCACUGCGCACCUUGUCGCCUCCGCCGGCCACGACGCGGAACCGGUUGUGCAGCCUCUUGCGAACUUGCUGAGCAACAGCACGGAGCGCGUGAGCCGCCUGCGGGGCCACACACUUCCGGUGACGGCGAUGACGUUCUUCUCCACGGGAACCUGGCUGACGACGUGCGGCUUAGGCGGCCGGCUCAUUGUCUUCGACGCACUGGCGCGCACACCUCUCUGCGACGUGAGCGUAGGCUUCUCCGUGCGCUGCCUCGCCCUCUCGCCGGACGAGACCGCGUGCUACGUCGGCGGCACGCAGCUUGCCCGUGUGGACCUGUACGAUAACGACCGCCCGGUGGAACCCUUGGUGCGGCGCAAUCCGCCGGCGUGGCUUCAGCUCUACUCGUGGGCGUGCAACGAUGACGACAACAGCAACGAUGGUGGAUUCGUUGCGGAGGCCCCCGCCGAUCUAUUCAUCGCGAGGCUUGCCGUAACACCAGAGAAAGUGACGGCGUUUUUUGAACACCGCGGCAACGGCACUGCGGGCGGCGCAAGCGCCACGUGGCUGCACGGCGCUGCGGAUUUCUGGCUGUCGCGCGACUUCCAGCGCGUGUGUAAAGAUAAGCAGCAUUUCCGCCAGCAACAACAGAAGAAGCAGCGAAAUCAGCAGUUCAAAGGAAUAAAGGAGAAAGAGGAGGAAGUGUGUGGACCUCAGUUGCAUCUUCCUUUCAACCGCCUCGUUGUGGAAGAGGGGGACGGGGCGCCGCCGGUGCUGCGGGCCUAUGACGGGUGGGACACCUGGCGACGACCUCGUGUGCGGGUAGUGCGGCGUCCAGCCCUCCGUGUUGUUGCACCAGCAGCGCACGCCACUGGCGCGGCAGGGACACUGGACCAGCGGCUGGCGCUGCAGGAGGAGCGGGGCCGGCAGCUGCAGGCGGAGUGUGAUGAGCUUGUGCGCCGCCUCAAGGAAGAAAUGAAGCGGCGGAGUGGGAAAAAACGGCGGCGCGCAUCUAUUCUGGCGUGA